UUGUUGUGGAAAAGUUGAGAAAAGCUUGGAGCCCCUCCAAUGUCAAAAAAGCAUUCGAUGCAGUGAGAAAAACAUACACCCACUGAGCUUUACCUCCACCAUCAUAGGUAUAGAGACAACCACACAUACAUUGGCUAUACCAUAUAACUUCUGAAACAAAAAAAAAAAAAAAAUGGCUCCUGCCCGAAGCACCACGGCGCCCUCCGGUGCCAGCGAUCUGGAGGCGGCCGACAACGCGUGUGUCCACGCGAUGCUCUUCGCGAGCUCCCACGUGUUCCCGAUGGUCCUGAACGCUGCCACCCGGCUCGGCGUGUUCGACAUCCUGGCCCGAGCUGGCCCGGGGGCUCGGGUGUUGGCUUCGGAGGUCGCCUCUCAGCUCACCAGGCAGAGCUCAGAAGCUGCCCCAAAGCUUGACCGGAUGCUGCGGCUCCUCGCGAGCCACUCGCUCCUGAGCUGUGAGGUGCGCGAGCAGGACGACGGCCGGGGUGUCGAGAGGCUGUAUGGCCUCACGCCGGCGGCUCGCUUCUUUGUGAAGGAAGGGGAAGAGGGCUCGUUGGCUUCGCUGUUGGAGCUUUCCUUCCAUCCGGCUGCGCAGCAAGUUUGGUUGCAAUUGGACGACCACAUACUUGAAGGGGGGAACCAAUUCAAGAAAGUUCAUGGGAUUUCGAUUUUCGAGUUCAUGGAUAUUGAUCCGGCAUUUAACAAUACGUUCAACAACGCGAUGGCCGCUCUGACGACGAUAGUGAUGAGGAAAAUUCUCGAAAUCUAUCAAGGUUUUGAGGGUCUAACAACAUUAGUUGAUGUGGCCGGAGGAACAGGCAAGUGCCUCAACAUGAUCAUCUCCAAGUAUCCAUCUAUCAAGGGCAUCAACUUUGAUUUGCCUCAUGUAAUAGAAAGUGCACCUUCUUGUUCCGGAAUCCAGCAUGUCGGUGGGAGUAUGUUCUCUACCAUUCCAAAGGCAGAUGCAAUCAUGAUCAAGGAUACCUUGCAUAAUUGGACCGACGAGAACUGCAUCAAAAUACUGAAGAACUGCUACGAGGCAUUGCCGAGCAAAGGUAAAGCGAUAGUGAUAGGUAUAGUGCUGCCGGAGGCGCCGGAAACGAGCGCGGUGUCGCUGUACGCCUCGACGCUCGACAACACCAUGCUGAUGCAACCAGGAGGUCAAGAGCGGACAGAGAGAGAAUUCCAGGCCUUGUCCAAGGUCGCCGGCUUCUCCGAGUUGAGAAUCGCUUGUGUUGCUAGUAAUCUUUGGGCGGUCAUGGAGUUGUACAAGUGAGAGACUCUCUGUCUACCCAAUGAGUUGGAGUUUGCUUUUAGGCAAAAUAAAGCAUCGACUUUCUGUAAAUGUGAGGAUGUGUAAUCCAAACAAACUCUUAUUAACUAAUAAUUUGACCUAUAAUUAUAGGUGAGUUUAAUGAAGUUCCCCGCCUUUUCUUGUUA